GGGACCCGUCGGUCGCGCUGCUGUUCUGGGAAGGAGAGAAAAUGGCGGCCGAGCCGAGCAAGACCGAGAUCCAGACGCUUUUUAAGAGGCUUCGCGCAAUUCCGACCAACAAGGCCUGCUUCGACUGUGGCGCCAAGAAUCCGAGUUGGGCCAGCAUCACGUACGGUGUUUUUCUGUGCAUUGACUGCUCCGGGGUGCAUCGCUCCCUGGGCGUCCAUCUCAGCUUCAUCAGGUCCACAGAGUUGGAUUCCAAUUGGACUUGGUUCCAGGUGCGGUGUAUGCAGGUCGGCGGGAAUGCCAAUGCGACAGCCUUUUUCCGCCAACAUGGAUGCACAGCCAAUGAUGCCAACACCAAGUAUAAUAGUCGAGCUGCCCAGAUGUACCGAGAGAAGAUCCGGCAGCUGGGGAGCACGGCCUUGGCUCGGCAUGGCACUGAUCUUUGGAUAGACAGUGUGAGUACUGCUCCCAGUCACUCCCCAGAGAAGAAGGAGUCCGAUUUCUUCUUGGAACAUACUCAACCCCCUGCCUGGAAUGCACCAGCCACUGACCCAUCAGAGACCCAGCAGCCAGCCCCGUCUGCAGAGAGCAGUGGCCUGGCACAGCCGGAGCAUGGCCCCAACAUGGACCUGCUUGGCACCUCACCCAAAGCCUCUCUGGAGUCCAUGUAUCUGUCACCUAAAGGGGUUCUUCCUGCCAGAGAACCGAAAACCUCCCUCAUUGGCAAGAAGAAGCCAGCAGCAGCGAAGAAGGGGCUGGGUGCCAAGAAGGGCCUAGGGGCCCAGAAGGUGAGUAGCCAGAGUUUCAGUGAGAUUGAGCGGCAGGCCCAGGUGGCAGAGAAGCUCCGUGAGCAGCAGGCGGCUGAUGCCAAGAAGCAGGCCGAGGAGUCCAUGGUUGCCUCCAUGCGUCUGGCCUACCAGGAGCUCCAGAUUGACCGUAAGAAGGAGGAGAAGAAGCUGCAGAACCUGGAAGGGAAGAAGCGAGAGCAGGCCGAGAGGUUGGGCAUGGGACUGGUGUCCCGAAGCUCCGUCUCCCACUCGGUGCUGUCUGAGAUGCAGGUGAUCGAGCAGGAAACCCCAGUGAGUGCCAAGUCCUCCCGCUCGCAGCUGGACUUACUUGACGACGUUGGUACCUUCGCCUCUGGGCCUCCAAAGUACAAGGAUAACCCCUUCUCCUUGGGGGAGAGUUUCGGUUCCCGCUGGGAUACAGAUGCUGCCUGGGGUGUGGAUAGGAUGGAUGAGAAGGAGCCGGAAGUGACCAUCUCCAGCAUCCGGCCGGUUUCAGAAAGAGUCACCAACCGGAGGGAGGUGGAGAGCCGGAGCUCAGGCCUGGAGUCGAGCGAAGCACGUCAGAAAUUUGCAGGAGCCAAAGCCAUCUCCUCCGACAUGUUCUUCGGGCGGGAGGUGGAUACUGAGUAUGAAGCCAGGUCCCGGCUCCAGCAGCUUUCGGGCAGCAGCGCCAUCAGCUCAUCAGACCUCUUCGGGGACGUGGAUGGCUCGCAUGGAGCAGGCAGCGUGUCCCUGGGGAAUGUGCUGCCCACGGCUGACAUCGCCCAGUUUAAGCAGGGUGUCAAGUCUGUGGCCGGGAAGAUGGCCGUGCUGGCCAAUGGUGUGAUGAAUUCUUUGCAGGAUCGCUACGGUUCCUACUGACCCAAGCUCCGUAUCUCAGACUUUCGGUGGUGGCAGUAGCAGAAACCUCAUGAUUCCUCAGCCUGGGGUGUUUGCCUUGUGGAAGCUGGGGAGGAAUUGUUACUUUAUGCCUGUGGUGUGAGUGGGGUGGCCUGUGAGGAGCUCCAGUGAGGAAGGGGCAGCAGCAGCCCUGACCUCCGCCUGGAGACCGGGCCCCUCACUCCCCUCCCUGCACACCCCCGUGUGCUCCACUCACCAGUCCUGCCCCCCACGCUGCUGCUCUCUUGGCCUGCCACCCUGGGGGUGAGGGGAGGGCAUUCCCUCAGGAUGGCUUACUCUGGCUCUAGGCCUUCCCCGAGAAGGGAGAGUGAAAAGUGUAAGGCUGUUGUGCCGGCUCUAGGAUCCUUCCAGGUGGUCCAGGCGGUUGGCCCCCGGCUCUGGAACCGGCAGGGAGGUCUGGAAAGAGUUCUGCUGUGGAUCAGCCCCCAGGGAGGGAGGCUGUGGACAUGCUGCUGCUGCUCCUGUGGUCUCUCCCGGCACCGAGAGGGCAGGGCACGGGAAGGACCUCUGUCUGGGCCUUGCUAAGGGUUAGAAACUGGACCUGGUACCUAAAGCUUUCAUUUGGAUCGGACUAGAGGCCCGACUUCUCCUGUCUCGCUGACCCUUUCUGCAGCGAUUGCUCGGAGGACUCCUCCUCCUGGGUGUGUGCAAGUCCUCCCGUGCCAUCCGUGGUGGACUGCGGUCCCUCGGAGACUCUGUCCCUUCUUCCCCUGCUUGGUGGCCGUGGUGGGUCUGCUCUGCCCGGGGCUCCGCCCUGGAUGCCUUGAGCGUAGUGCUGGCUGAGGAAGCAGAGGAUGUGUGGGACGAAGCGGCUUUCCUUUGCACUGUCCUGGCCUUGGGACCCUGGGCAGCACCCCCACGGAGAGCUCGCAGCACCUGCGGAGCGGCAGGUCUCGGCCGCGGGCCACGCUCCGUACCAUCCUUGGUGCCACCUGCCCCUGCCGCUGGCAGCCUGGGCCCCCCACCUGUGACGGGGGCUGGGCUCCCCGAGCACCGCCGACCACUGUUCCCAGCACCCUUCCCCCAAAGGGACGUGACUUCUUUCUGGACUGUUUGUAUUGAAACAAAGUGGUGUUGAAUAAAGCCCCGACGGGGCCCUGGGCCUCCGGUGGUCU